AAUUUGAGUCCAAAGUGACUAAUUUUUCAAUUGUUUCAAUCCUAUCCCUUUAGAAGCCCAAUCCACCCUAUAGCCUGGCCCAUACUCUUCUCUUAAAAUACCCAUCUCUCCCACUUUCUUAAAGGGGGACCCUAAUUUUUCACCUCUCUUUCAAAGAGGAGAACGAACAGAAUUAGACCCCCCUUACACGUAAAAAUCCAAGCCGCCACACCUGAUCUUCAUUCUUCUCACCUCACUCUCAGAGAAAGGCCACACUAACUCGGCAGAAAGAGAGACAUAUUUUAUCCAAAAAAUAAAGGGAAAAAUCUGGAGUUCUAGGAGAAAAUAUAGAAAAGAAACAAAAAAAAGGAAAGGAAGAAGAGACAGAGUCAUUUUGUUUUUGCUUCUAUUUUCACCGGUUAGCUUCACUUUUCUUCUGGGAUUUGGAACAACUUUCAAGCUGCUGGAGCUGUUUGAUUAUGAGAUUGAUUUGUUGAUCUCUGUCUCGAUAUGGUUGAAGCUGAGCUCCAAUUUGUAGAUCUCGCUUUUGUUUGGUUGCUAUCAGAGUUUGUUUUGUUCCGGCUUCUAAACUAGGAUCUGAGGAAGGUGUAUCUGGGAGUCAUUCCGGCGCGCACUCCCGAUACCCCGAGGCUUAGUGAUGGUGAGAACGCGCGCGACAUAUGUACCCGACCAUGGAAGAGCUGCUCCCCUGUUGCUAGAGGCCGAGGCAAAGACAAGGGGAUGGCUCCAGCUCAUGGUAGAGGACGGGGACAUCCUAGAGUUGCUCCAGUUGUGCCACCAGUGGGUCCAGUGGAGGAUACGACUAUUGAGGAGUAGGGCGAGGUACCUACAGCGGAGCCAGCCCCAACGGAUUUCAUGUCCGCACAAGGAUUCCAGGAGGUUAUGGGCCGUAUGAUGCGGUUCAUUGAUUCUAUGACUCAGGUUGGUUUAUUUCCAACAGACCCAACCACAUCUCAGGUAUGAGGGGGAGCACAGACCCCUACCGUUCAGGCUCCUGGGCAUGUAACUGCCAUAUCAGACACCGGGUGCACUACCCAUGGGCGGAGCCCAGCUAGUUGCAACAGCCAUACCCACUUUCAGACCAGCUACGGCCGGCGAGCUGCAGAAGCUAUUGGAUAGAUGGACCAUGCUACAUACUCCUAUUUAUGGAGGUGAGCGACAUGAGGAUCCCCAAGACUUUAUUGAUCGUUGCAGGGACAGACUGCACAAAAAGAGGAUAUUGGAGUCCCACCGGGUGUACUUUACCACUUUUCAGCUUGAGGGCAGGGCCCGUAGGUGGUGGCAGUCAUAUCUCCUCUGUAGACCAACAGGUUCUCCUCCCUUGACUUGGGACCAGUUCAUACGUAUAUUUCUGGAUAAAUAUAUUCCACCCUCUCAGAGGGAAGAGUUGUGAUUUCAGUUCGAGCAGCUCCAGUAGGGUCAGAUGUCAGUGACCGAAUAUGAGGAGAGAUUCUCUAAGUUGUCUCGCCAUGAACUUAUGAUACUUCCCACCGAUGCAGAGAGUGUGCAGAGGUUUGUUAACGGUUUGCACUCUUAUAUCCAGUCCACUAUGGCCCGAGAGGUUGAGAUGGGGACUUCUUACGAGCUAAUUGUGGAGAUAGCUCGGAGGAUCGAGGGUGUUCGUCAGCGGAGCCGAGAGCAGGUGCCGAGGGACAAGCGAUUCCAUUAUUCUGGAGGGUUCAGUGGUGCUCCGUAUGGGGGAAGAGGUCAGUUUGGGAGGGGUCAGUCUAGUAGGCCCACAUAUCCAGCACCGCCGCCUUCUCGGGGUGCUCCAGUGCGGCCCUAUUUCAGCACCAUGCUACAGAGUUCCUACCACCCACCAGCUAUUAAGGGUUCCUCAAGUGGGUAUUCAGGCCAUCAGGGUCAGACUUCAUGUCAGCAGUCCACCAUUCCGAGGGGUUGUUAUGAGUGCGGGGAUCCUGGCCACAUGAAGAGGUUUUAUCCCAGACUUCAGGGCAAGGUAGUACAACCGGGUCAUUAGCCUAUUAUUACAACACCAGCCGCCGCACCAGCCGUCCGGCCUGCCAAAGGCAUAGGGCAGGUGGGUAGGGGCCGUCCUAGAGGUGGAGGCUAGUCAGGUGGAGUCCAGUCAAUUGGCGCUCCAGCUAGGUUCUAUGUUUUUCCAGCCAGACCAGAUGCAGUGGCUCAGAUGCCGUGAUCACAUGUAUUAUUUCUGUCUGCAGUAGGGAUGCUUCGGUACUAUUUGAUCCAGGGUCUACAUAUUCAUAUAUUUCAUCUCUGUUUGCUCAUUUCCUAGGUGUUUCUCACGAGUCCUUGGAUAUUCCUGUAUAUUUGUCCACACUAGUGGGCGAUUCUGUUGUGGUGGAUUGAAUCUACGGGUCAUGUAUUAUGAGUUUCUGUGGUUAUGAGACUAGUGCAGAUUUUCUGUUGCUUGA